CCUGGGGUGUCGUUAAACAUUCCUUCAUUCCAUCUCUAAGAAUGACAAAAUCCGAACGAAGUUUGGAUAUUAUACGGUAAUAUGCAAAUAAGCAAUCACAUGAUACAGAAAAACCCCUCUCAGAUGAUGUAGAAUAGGUCACAAACCCGGAUGCUGAUUGGUUAACUCUCUAAAUGCCCUUCAGUUCCGCCGCAUGUGUCUUCAUUCACCGGCUACACCGAAAAAUUAUUGCAAAACUGAAAGAGGAUUAACGAAGACCGCACUCUUUUCCCACCAUUUUAAUAUUAAGUCUGUUUUCAGACAAAAUGGCCACUUACAUCAAAACUUUAAUUCAGCAGUAUGAAGAGGCUGUACCCCAUGCAGAUCCAAGAACAAAAAACUGGUUUUUACUGAAUAAUAACCCGUUUCCGGUAUGGAUUUUGACCGCUCUGUACAUCACAGUGGUGUUUGUGGGACCACGCAUUAUGAAAAACCGUCAGCCGUUCAACCUGCAGAUGUUUAUGAUUGUCUACAACCUGGCGCUGGUCGGUCUGUCCAUUUACAUGUUUAUAGAGCUAUUCCUUGGAAUAUGGGGAGCAGACUAUAACCUUUGGUGUGCCUCGUACAGUACAGACAAAUCUCCAAAGGACCCGAGGGAAAAUAGAGUAGCCAGAGUUCUGUGGUGGUAUUUCUUCUCGAAAGCCGUUGAGCUGAUGGACACUGUUCUGAUGAUCUUACGCAAGAAGUUCGAGCAAGUGACCUUUCUGCACUGGUUUCAUCACGCGUCCAUGCUCAAUAUAUGGUGGUGGACGAUGAUGUUUAUACCAGGGGGAAUGUCAUGGUUUGGAGCGUGGCUGAACUGUUUAGUGCACGUAGUCAUGUAUUCAUAUUAUGGGCUCUCUGUCAUUCCGUCCCUUAAGCAGAAACUUUGGUUUAAAAAAUACAUCACAACAUUUCAGCUGGUUCAGUUUGUGAUAACGUUUGUCCACACGUUCAACUCUCUGCGAGUAGGCUGCGACUUCCCGCACUGGGGCCAGAACCUACUGGCUGGAUACAUGCUCAUCAUGCUGACACUGUUCAGCAACUUCUACCUCCAGACGUACAUCAAGAAGAAGAAACGUCUCCAUCACAAGUCACAUUCCAAUGGAGGCAUUGCCGACUACGAAAAGAAAGCUGUCAUCAACGGCGACAAGAAUGGCUUCAUACACAACAAGGCUGAUUGACGAUGGAUGGGUGGCAGUAUGCAAUAGUGCUGAAACUGGCAGUCAUGUUUGCCUAACAGACUGACGAACAUGAAGUGCAACUGAUAUUGUUUUGUCAUAAUUGUUUUUGUGGGUUUUUUUGUGGGUUUUUUUCUUUUCUGUUUAUGUUUGAAAUGUUAUGUUUUUGUUUUGCCAACAUGUGGUUGGUGUCUGAACGUAGGUUUAGUAUGAUAAUAUAAUAUACAUCACAGUGCUUAAUGUUUCUGUCGAAACGAAGCCUGUUUACUCAUUGUUGUCCCACCAGUGCUCAGAUUAUAUGCAUGUGUAAAAGAGAGUUCCUUAACUACAGGCUAUGCAAUACAUAGAUUCAUAUAUACAUGUUUACCGUAUACUCUCAUGUGUAUUGCAUUAACAUGCAUAAUGCUCGCUUCCAUGAUUUGAUAUUUGUAAUAAGAUUACGGUAAAUGGAGAAAUAAGCCUGUGUUUAUUAGUUCCACUUACCAUUAUCGUGAUUUCACUCGUUUCCGCAUACAAGUUUAUUUAUUAAUUGCAUUUACACAGUACUUUUCCCAUAUGUUAUUCCGCCUGUGGGCAUUCAUCACGCUAAAAAAAUAUGUCAAUUAGCAGUUAACGUGAAGUGUUUACUUUCAGCAUAUUGGUACACUUCGACGACGUAAAAGUUUGUAAUCCACUUGCGAAAACACAGAUUUGGAAAAGCACAUUCUUACACAUGAAAACGUGCAUAAUAAAUCAUGUGUGGAAUUUCAUUUAUGGAAAGUGGGCCUAAAGCUUGAGUCUGAAACAUUACAUUUCAUUCAGAUUGAAUGGUGAUUGAUGAACAUCCUAAGUUUGAGUCUCAAAUUUAGACCCCAAUGAAUAAUUGUCUUUUGUCUUGUUAGACGAGCUACCCAUACUGAUGCAUAAAGAAUGGAAAAUGUCGGCGAAUGAUUCUUUUUCUGUUCUGAUACUGCAAAUGUCAGUAUUGAUUUCAAUAGAGCUACAUUGUAACAAAUUACUUAGUUUGGCCUGUCUGACUUUAAAAAAAAAUCCUAAAAAAAUCCUAAAAUAUCAUGAAACUAUUAAAACAAUUGAUGAUUAAAUUUAAAAAAAACCUUUUUAGUGACCCAAUAUAAAACAUUUAAAAUUAUUGGCUUUGAGUAUAUUGAUUGACAUUCUUGACCCAAUCUAGAUUAAAAUCAUUUGGUCUGAGGAGAUGGAAUCAUGAAUUCAGAUGGUAUAUAUUUUCACAUAAACUGGCAGAUACCUAAAAUAUAUUGAUUUCCUGUUCAUAUUUGAUGCUGAUGUAAAUGGAGGAAAGCACUACAUAAUAUUACUUGUUGAUUCAGUUCAGACUCUUCAAGAAUUGAUCUCAUGGGGUGGAGGGUGGUGGAGCUAGGGAAAGUUUUACUGUAUGCCCACCAUUUACUGAAAUACAAAAACGUGCUCUUCCCGCCUCCCACAUGUGAUAGAUUUUUGGGCUGUUAUAGCUAUUACAGAGGUUUCAUUGUCCUGUCCAAGCAAUGACCUCUCUUCCCCCACCUCCCAAGGUUUUCGUUCUCGUAAUUGUAUAAGAAUAACAUUGUGUUCAAAGUAUGCAGGAUCAGGAAACAAAUGCAGUGUAGAUGGCAAAAGUCCUGUUGAUGAAUGCAUUAAAACAAAAAUUAAGGUGGAUCUGUUGGUCGAGUUGGAAUUUGACUGCUAAAUAAAUAAACCUAUUUCUGAUCAAAUUUGAUGUGUUUAACAUCAUGUCAACACACACUGCAAAGACUCAACCGAGAUCUGGCCUAGUGCUUAUAAAACCUUUAAGAGUCUAGACUCAAGACUAUAAUAAGAGUCUGUAUGUAUGUGCCUGACGUCAUUAGAGAUUAAGUCUGGACUCUAAAGGUUUUAUAAACACAGGCCUGGAGUCUCAUUUCCAUAAGCCAGCUAUCAGAAUGGAAACCAGUACACAUGGAGUGAUGACCUAGACCAUAAAAGUUUCUUAUUUAUCGUUGGAUCGGAUAUUGACAUCUCUCUCCUCCUCCGCUCUCUCUCUCUCUCUCUCUCUCUCUCUCUCUCUCUCUCUCUCUCUCUCUCUCUCUCUCUCUCCUUCCCCCCCCCCCAGUUGUCAGCCAAACUUAAACCUAGUGAGUAAUUCAUAGUGAAAAUGCAGCCAGCCUAACCAGUUUGGCAGAUUGCACACUGGCAUAUUGUACUUUGUACUUUGUUUUAUAAUACUAAUCAUUCAUCCUUGCCCUAUGAUCUUUGAUAAUCUUAUGAAAAAACCCACCCCAAAAAAACAAAACAAAAACAACAUUACUGUGUUAAACAUUGUCCUCGUUAUAGGCCUUGUAGAUAAGAUAAAUAAUGAUUUGAAUAGAGGACAUUGUCCAACCCCAUUCUGAAAAUUUAAUUAAUUUGAAAGUUUUUAGACUAAAAUUAGUACAGUGUAGUAAGAAUACAGAUUCCUAUUCAGCAUAUUUAAUAGCUCUAUUGUGGUUUGACUCUGUAACGUGUGUAAUUGGUAUGGGCCUGCUGGUAUGCUGAGCAAUAUAAUAUAUGUAAAUUGUGUUCUAUUAUGGGAAUGAAAUAAUUUGUGUAAAGAAUUCCUAAUUUCAGUGAAUCUUUGGCCAGCUUUCCAUCAACACGAUUAGUUAUAUUUCACAGUACCUUUUUCAUAUUCAUGUUUCCACAGGUGAGCAUAAUGUGCAUGGAGAAAAAGAUUGAUCAGAGAGUUUUCUGUGCUUAAAAGGAAGUGUUGACUGCAUCAAAUAUUUUAUAGUCAUUGCAGAUAUGGAAAUGUUCAUUUUCAUACACCGCUAAUAGAAUGUGGGAGUCAAUGUCAACUAUUUGAUGUCUUUUGUAUGAAUACUUGCUAUCAGUUAAAACUGUUUCUGUUUAGAAGAUCUCUUUCCAUUUAAUUUAAUCAUUCCUGGUGGAAUUUUAUUUUCCAACUGUUAACCUGUUUUAGAAUUUGAUUUAAUGGGUGGGCUAUUGUAACUGGAAGGAUACAAGUCUGAAUUUUUGUUUAUCCCUGGGCUCAAAGCUUUGAAGUGAAGUGGACUUUAAAUUCCUUAAUUUGUAAUUGACUUAAUUUGUAAUUGACUUAAUUGAUAUUUCCCUUCAUAGGUUGCUACCCCCUCAAGAAAACAUCCAAAACCCUAAUGAUCCUACCUGUAACAAAAGACAAAACUAGAAAGCGUUUGAAUAGUUACGUUUUGAAUGAUUUGAUUUUUGCACCUAACAUUUGUGUGUUUGUCUAACUGAGGUAAUGAGUUGAAAGUGUUGUCAGAUACGUGUAUUGUAAAUUCUUAUCAUUUUUUCACAAUUUUUCUUUUUUAUUGUUUGAAAUCCAAUGUAUAUGUGAAAUAGUUUCAUUGAUGUAUAAAUUGUUUGUUUGUUACCCAAUUACUUAUAUUAAAACAUGAACCCAGUUUCUUUAUAUAGAACAUGAACAGUUUGUAAAGAACUUGAACCCAGUUAUUUUAUGUAGAACAUUAACUAUAAUAAUAAUAAUAAUAAAAUUUUAUGUAUAGAAGGUAGCUGUCAGUUCUAGACUAUUCUCCCCUGAGGCCUUCUUACUAAUUAUAACAAUAAUAAUCAUAAUCAUAAUCAUAUUAAUUAUUAAUGCAGUUUAUAUAGAAUUUGAACCCAGUUACUUUAUACAGAACUACACCAAAUACAUUUAAAUUUUUAUAACAACCUUUUGUUAGCAUGUUAGUAUGAUUAUUUGAGUGUUCACAUCUAAUGUGAUGAUUGUGCAAUGUCGUAGUUUUGAUGAGCUAUCUGACAAGUGUGCACAGACCAAUCUAUGAGAUUCAAGAAUAGUUUCCAUUUUGUGUUCUGUUGGUGUUUUGGAAUGUCCAAGAUUAUUGUGAUUUCUUUGAAGAUUGUUUUCAUUAGUGCAUCUUGACAAUCUUCGUAAGAUAUUUGUUGAAGAAACAUGUUUGUGUAAAACCAGUUAAAAAAACAAAACUGUUCUACAGGUAAUCCCACUCGGAAAACCGUUAUGUAGCCACACUCCAAAUGUUUCACAAUGUAACAAGCCUAGCAAUUUACCUUUUUUUUUCAUAAUUAUAAUGACAUUGGAAAUAAACAUUGUGUUUUAUGCAGUGGUUUGAAAUAUGGAGUUUACUGCAACUCCUUGUUAGGUAUUUAAAUAUGGAAGAAUUUAUCCUUAUUUGUGGUGCAUAUAUUUAUUGCUAAGAAUAUUGAAUUUUUAUUUAUUUAUUUGCUUGCAUGAUUGUACGGUCAGCCAGUAGAUGUUUUGUUAAAUAUAGAGUGAAUUAUAUUGAGUGGUUAUGAGCUAGAACUGCCUAAGGGAGAAGAAAAUGACUGUGAACAUAAAAUGUUUCAUCACUGAAAUAAUGUUUAGUUCUUCUCAUGCCUACUUUUAUUACUGUCCAACACAACUUUGUACCAGACUGAAAACAUUAAAGGUGCAUUUUCAAAAUUACAAGCAUCAUGUUUCACCUUUCAUUUUGCAUGUAUUUGUGAUAAAUAACAAAGUAAUCGAUCCCACAUACAAUCUCUGCAUAAUCAACUCAAGAAUAUAAAAUUGUUGCAUGUUGCCACUUUGUGUAAAGAGUGGUUUCUAGAAGAGUCAUAAAAAUAAAAGUAAAUAGCAAUGUUUUAUUGCCCAUUCAGUAAAAUAGCAUAUGGAGUCGCAAUUGUGACAUCGUACAUAGCAAUGUUUUAUUGCCCAUUCAGUAACAUAUCAUAUGGAGUCCCAACUGUGACAUCGUGUGACCUUUUGGUCAUCUUUAUUGGAUUUUGAAAUAAUUAUGAAUUUAUAAUUAGUAGUAAAUCAAAUUAUUUUGAUGUAAUUUUUUGUGAGAGUAAUUCACGGUAUAAUCAUUAAAUUUCACCAGCAACUUGGACAUUGUUUCUUUAAAAAAAAAAUCAUGUCACAACUGAAAGAUUUUGCAUUUAGUCAUUCUUGAAAUUUCAUUCAAUACAUGUUUUUGAAGGGCGGGACCUGUCAGUGGCUCAUUGGGCUAUUUCUCAUUCCAGCCAGUGCAUCAUGACUGGUACAUCAAAGGCUGUGGUAUGUACUACCCUGUUUGUGGGAUGGUGCAUAUAAAAGAUCCCUUGCUGCUAAUCGAAAAGA